AAGGGAUCGAUUUUUAGGGUAUUCAAAAGAGUUAGAAAAGGUUCUCAUUUCCUUGGAUCUCUCAACCAGAAAAUUAGCUAUUUUUCAUUUAAAACUUUUUCUUUUUACUUUACAGUCUCCCCUCAGGACAAAUUCUUGUUUUUACUUUACUUUGAAGUACUGCUAGUUUGAAUCGGGCCUUUCAGACAACGAUGCAAGGAUUAACUUUGUUUUCCCUUCAAAAUUUCGUUGAUUGCAGCAAGGGAAAAGUUCUGUAUCUGAAAUUUUUCGCCUUUAUUGUUGCCUAUGUAAAAAUAACGAUUUCACUACGACCGUUAUUGAUUUCUUGGAUCUGUCAUCUAAGCGUGUGUUUAGGAGGAUCUUGAAAAAUGUGAUUUUCCUGUAUCUGUGUGAAAAAUGGGAUUCGCUUACUUCGGGCAAGGCAAUAAAAUUUGCUGAUUUCGGUACCAGGGGCGUAGUGAGUGUCCCGUUUUUGGGGAGGCUAAAGGCAAUGUUUUAAUCUUCCGACAAAGACAAUUUUUUGGAAAUUUUCUGAAAAAAGAUUGUCUCACUAAGGGUUUGCUAUAUUCUCCUGCGACCCAGCCACUGUGCCCCUGUUUGCCCCAGGGAAUCGGGAUUUAAGUAGCUGGGGUCCAAAAAUCACCCUGGGACUGGGAAGAUCAUUGCAUCGAGUCUUUAAACUUUUGCGACCACACCGCGAAUUUGGUUUAAACAUUGCCUACUGGGACUGAGAGAAAGACUUUCGCCCUUUGCGGAGCCUCUUUUAUCAUACAGACCAGUACUUUCAUUCAUUGGAAGGAAACAGCGAUAUUUGCAAGAUACCAAGCGUCAUUUUACUUUUUGUUUAUAUGUAAACUAUAUGCUUCGAUGUAAAAUCUUUUUCUCGUUUGAGAUUCUUUUUACUUAUAUUUUUCAUCUUAAAAAAAGCUAGGCCUCAACCGAAAGAAAUUUAGACAGUUUGCUGGAUGAUAUGUGCUAGCUUCCAUGUGACAAUCCGAUAAAUAUUUCUUAACAGUCAAAGCUGUGCCUGCCUUGAAGGUAAUAAGACCAAGUCAAGUUUACAAUUUCCUUCUGUAUGUGCCUGAUGUAUGAUAAUUGAUCUACUCAUCUCUAAAUCUCGCAUUACUAUUACGGUAUAUUGAACGCAGUCAAAGUAAGUACAAUUUUUGAUAAUAAUCGGCAUUGAUAAAUUUACUAGCGUUUAAAAAAUGUCCUGUUUGUCACAAACGUAGGUAAAGCUGUGUUGAUCGGUCUUGCAAGAAUAGGAUUUAUUUAAUUUUUUAGCUCUGGGAUUCAUUACGAAUGUUCGAAGGCUUAUUCCAUGAUCUCUAAGUGUAAUAAAGUAAUGUUUCUGGGGGCAUUAAAAAGAUUUAGUUAUUUUAGGUGUGGCUUGGCUAACUAAGUCUUGAUGAUCCUCUAUUAAUAAAAUUGUUCCUCUAUUUUUGUAGAUCUGCAAAAAUGCAUCAUGUACAAAAUAGCUCCAAGGGUUUUUAUGAUUUGAGACAUUUUUUAAUGGGGCUGGCUCGAGGGAGCUUGAAUAAAAAUUGUCUGAAAUGCGAAAAUACAAAUAGCUCUUGUAAACUCCCAUUUUGAAGUUGGGCACUUUAAGCUUGGGUCGAAAGGCCACAGAAAAUGAUCGGUGUGAUGUAAUGCCAAUAAAGAAAUUGAUUCUGCAACCUCUUCUGCAACCGCAAUUUCUACCAAUACCAGGAUAGCAAACUUUAAAAUCAAUGAUUGUUGUCUUAUCAGACAGAUAAUGAAAUCAUCUCCAAUUUCCAUAAAGUAUUUGUUCAUGAGAAGCUUGAGACACUUAAUCAGGAUCUCUUUGCGCUGACAACGUUGAAUUUUUAAUGUAAUCUUACUUUAAGAUAACGCUGUCUGGAAGGACAGGAUGAAACGCCUAUGAUAGCGCUUUCUUUUUGCACCAGUGAUAACUUCUUGUCGUUUCAAUGAUUAGCGAGUGUGUGCAAUAACGAAGCUAAUUGUAUAGCUAGGCUUUACAUAACUAUCGUGAAAAGCGAGUACUGAGUUUAUUCAUUCAAUAAUGUGUACCCAUCUCUUUGAAAAAUCUGUCUGUUAGCUUUUUAAUCAAUCAAAACCUUUCGAGUAUAAUGUCUAAACUGUUUAAAGGUACCACCUUUGUACAAAGGCAACUACUUUGAUUGCAUUGAAAUAAAAAGACAUAUAUUGUCGUGUAUCAGAAAAAAACAUUGACUUGGUGGAAAUAUAGUCCUGAUGGAAGAGCUUCAAAGAUUUACAAAAAUUUCUUAUGUCAUGGCAAGAGAAAUGUAAUCAUUAUUGAUUUUAGCCAAUUAUUGCUGUAACCUAAAAAAGUACUUUUUCAGUCUCAGGAUCAUGUCAGACUAAAGUGUACUGAAGAUACAGUAGUUUAUAAUGACCACAAAGUAGGGAUUAGGCUGAAGGGAAACUUCAUUUACAAACAUUCAAGACUUUUUGCAAGCGCCUGCAUAAUGUAUUUGAGGCUUGAAAAGUUUGUCAUCGGCCAAAAGGCUUGCUGAAGGGAAACAACUGGUCUUGAUAAUAGCAAAUGAUCCCUUUCCUCGCAGAUUGGAACUAGCCAAAUGCUGUUUGUCAUAGGCAAAACACAGGGAAAGCGCGAUCAUAUCGUUUUAUGGUCUAUCACUCCUUGCCCGAAAUGGAGUUAACCAAGCGACAAUUAUUCUCCUCGCAUUGUGGAAACAGCAAAUUGGCCGCGGAUGGUUGCCUUCUUCCCUUUUUCUAUUCUAUGUAACAAAACAGCUCUGUUGUAAUGACUCUUCAUUAGUUUUCAACACUCCUAGCUUGUCCUGCCAAGCUAAUGAGCAAAGUAUUACUUAGAAAAUGAUUAUUAAGAUAGAAUUAAGAGACUUUAUAAAAUGGUAUCUUGAAAAUCUUGGUGUCUUAAUAUCAGUGCCCUUGCCUAGCUUCUUAUAACUAACACUUGCAAGUGAAGAAGAUGAAGACUUAAACAACCGAAUAGAUUAUAAAACUUAGAAAAUGGAAUCUUUUGAACUAUUAGAAAGUUUGCUUAUUCAAAUUGGCAAUAUGAUUUGUAAACAAUGUUGUCGAAGAGAGCAAUAUUUUCAUCGUUCAAAUCCUUUCGAUUGUUUUUGUUUCAGAGUGCAAGACAUGUUUUGAUGUUUUUUGUCCAAACAAUUUUGCUUUGCAAUUACAAAACAUUAAUCCAGACAAAGCGCUCUUUUUUCAAUGUAUUUGCUGAUACAGGUGGUUUUUCAUUCUUCUGUUUUCAAGUCUUAUGCAUUCUCUGGUUACUGUAUCAUUUUCUUGUUUGCUAUCAGUUACAUUGAAACAGUUCUGGGUUAAAGUAUAACUACACAAAAAUCGGAGAUGAUUCUGUGGCUGCUGGUGCUGUUCAGUUCUUCAUAUGCAAUGCAAGAUUAUAGCAAGCAUAAAAUCAUAUCUGUGGAGCCUAGCUCAGAAGAAAGUAUAACAAGACUGAAAGCCCUGUACCAUCAAGGUCUUGACGGGAUGACAUUUGUUGAUGACCCCGAGAAGCACAAGGACAGGGUCAAUGUCAUUGUUGAUAUCGAUGCAGAAAAAAUAGUUAGAGAUGAAUUUAGGGAUUCUGGUUCUCGAGUUAGAGUCCUUGAUUCAAAUUUACAAGAGCUCAUCGACAAAACCUUGCCUCCAGUUGAAAAUGAAACAUACAAACGUGAAGUUUAUGCAUAUGACUAUACAAAAUACCAACCAAUUGAGAAGAUUAACAGUGAAUUGAAGAGACUUGCAAAUGAGUACAGCAAAUACGCCUCUAUAACGGAUCUCGGCCGCACAUAUGAGAACAGAAGUAUGCUGGCAUUGAAGAUCUCCGAAGGUGAUGCAGAUAAAGAGAUCAUCUUUAUUCAAUGCGGCAUCCACGCCAGAGAAUGGAUUUCCCAUGCAACAUGCAUGUACAUAAUUAAAGAGUUGCUUGCGAAGUUUCAGUCUAAAGAUCAGAAUUCAAGACUGCACAUCAUUCCAUAUGAGUGGAUCGUUCUUCCUGUAUUUAACGCUGAUGGGUAUGCUUACACGCACAACACGGAUCGAUUGUGGCGAAAAACACGCUCCGCAACAAGGAUUUCCUACUGCUUUGGAGCUGAUGCAAACAGGAACUGGCCGUUUCAGUUUGGAGGCGCCGAUUCCUCUCCCUUCCCUUGCUCCCCAACGUACAAAGGAACAGGGCCACUCUCUGAAAUCGAAGUCAAGAAUGUCGUGGAUUACCUACAGUCAGUUAAAUCGAGGCUGAAGGCAUUUUUUACUUUUCAUUCAUAUGGACAGUUUAUUUUCUACCCAUGGUCCUAUACGACUGAGCCAUCCCCAGAUGAAAAGAAGCUGAAUGAUAUUGCGAAUAUGACUGCAAAUGCCUUGUGGCGCGUGAAUGGAACAAAGUAUGCUGUUGGCCCUCCAUCGCGAUUGUUAUAUUCAGUUGGCGGUGGAAGCAUGGACUUUGUUUAUGGAGAACUGGGUGUCACCUGCGCGUUUUGCUUCGAGCUUCGCGGGAAGUCUGAGAUCGUGAAUUUCCUCCUCCCCCCGGAACAAAUAGAGGAAACGGGGAAGGAGACAUUUGUAGCCGUCACUAAAGCAGUUGCACUUUGCAGUAAACUGUAGACUUGCUGAACACUGUAAUAUUUUUAUGGUGUAGCCAAUUUUGAAUGAGAACGUCUUCGUA